AUGGUUGACAAGAUCGGGCGCCCACGCAAGGCUGUAGGCAGCAACGACCCUUCCGGAAAGGGCGAUAGCGCUCCGAGAGGCCGCCAACAACGCGAGGCCUCCUCACAUAAAUCACAAUACUACAGCGCUCACGACGGGUUUGAAGAUGCGCCCAUGCUAUCAGCACUAAGCGCUUCACAACAUCGCGAUUUUGAAGAGGCGCAAGCGGAGCCAGAGCCACGAGCUCGUCCGGCCAACAUCCGCACCAGCACCGCCGCUGAGUCGCAAAUCGAUGCCGAGGAAGACGAAACCCCUUCUCAGCCCGCAUCUCCUUCCUCGUCUUCUUCAUCAAGCUGGGAAGACCUCCCAUCACCCCAAUCCACUUCCCUUCCAACCGCCACACCCUUCCCCGGCACUUGGCCCGCCGCCCUCCACGACACCAGCGCCGCGCUGUCAGAGGUCUCUACCGCGACCAUCUCCUUCGCCAGCGCCCUCGCAUCGUCCGGCCUCGGUCGCGCAUCAUGGAGUAUCGGCGCAGCAACUCUUUCCUCCACCAACCGCGCGGCACUCUCUUUCACCACUUGGGGCAUGGAGAAGACCGGCGUCAUGCCGAAUGAGCUUCCCAGACCAAUGAGAAGAUGGAUUCAAGGGAAGGAAGAGCGGGACCGAAGGAGGAGACAGGCUGAGCAGAGAAGGAGAGAGAGAAGGAGAAGGGAACGGGAUGGAGUAGUAAUCACCGGAGGAGUGGAUGAGGAAGGGGGGUAUGUGCUGGCUACGCAUGAGAUGGAUGGCACGCUGAACUUCGAGGGCAGGGGGCCUUUGGACAUGCGCGAAGAAACAAGUGAACAGGAGGAAGUGCAAGAACAUGCGACAGGGCAGGAGGAGAUCAAGGAGCAGGAGGACGAUCAUGGAGAAGAUGGCCUCAUGCGAGUGUUUGAGUUCGACGAUGAUGAGGACUUAUGA